CGAGAACCAGAAGAAUGGAACAUAAUCGAUUUUCUCAAAGAAUGUAAUAAUCUGGGUUCAUAUCAACAAAUAAUUUUGUGCUAUAUUUCGUCUCUUGAUGAGAUCAUUAAGACAAAGGAAGGGGUCGAGGCUGAAAAGGCACAAAAAUUAUUUGAUCAUUAUAAAAAGGCGAGUGAACUUCGAGCUUGUCUGAUGUACAAGUCUUUGAGACUGACCUCACCAGGGCACGGAAAAUCUUCGAGUUUGUCUGAUGCUAAGUCCUCGAGUCAACCUGAUUGUACUCUCGCCCGAAACUGGUGGGACAAACAUACCAAAGUUGAUCAAUCAUCAAUUCACAUGCAAAUCACGGGGAUUGAGACUAUCAACGUGAAUACUUCUGCAUCGAAGAAAAGAACAUUUCUGGAAAUCGAUGAGUUGAAUACUACUAAUAAUGAAGAUAUUAAUGAAUUUGAUGAUGAAAAUAUAAUCAAUGAGGAACAAGUAAAAGGACACAAUCUUGAGGAAAGUUGGGA